CUACUACUUCUUCUACUACUUUUUCUUCUACUUUUACUUUUACUUCUUCUUCUUCUACUUCUUCUAGUACUUCUUCUACUUCUACUUUUUUUCUACUUCUACUUCUUCUACUUUUUCUUCUACUUCUACUACUUCUCCUUGUCUUUCUCCACCCAAUUAACGGAGGACCACCUCUGCCCUGUUGUGGCCCAAAGACAAAACUCCCCCCAGCCCUGGCCCUGACGCCUUCUCCCUUCCGCCGCAGCCUGGACCCCUGGGGCUUCACCCAGUCGCAGGCCAUGAGCUUGGCCGUGGAGGAAAUCAACCUCUCCUCCCACCUGCUGCCCAAUGUCUCCUUGGGCUACCACAUCUGGGACUCCCCCACGGACACCCUCUUCCUCCGGGGGCUCUUCCGGCUGGCUCCCGGUCAACGGGAAAGCCCUCACGGUGCUGCGGACUGGGCCCGGAAGGUGUUUGGUGUGGUGGGCCCCUACGAGUCCGUCCUGGCCCCGCUGGCCUCCCACAUCCUCAGCCUCUAUGGCCUCCCGCAGAUCAGCUACAGCAUCAAGGACGGGAACUUUGACAACAGCAGCCAGCAGUCGCUGCUCUUCCGGACGGUGCCCAGCACGGCCCACCAGCUGGACGGCAUCGUGGCGCUGGUCCGGGCCUUCCGUUGGGAGUGGGUCUCGGCCGUGGGCAGCGGCACCAAGGCCACCCAGAAGUCGGUCCGGAUCCUCAUCGACAGGGCCGCCGCGCAGGGCGUCUGCAUCUCCUACCAGGGGCUCAUGCCCGGCGGGCCGGUCUCCACCUUGUCCCAGUUGCGGAAGGUGGUGGAGAACAUCAAGAGGGCCGGGACCAACGUCACCAUCGUCCUGGGCAACGACGCCACUGUCCAGCAGUUCUUCCAGGUGGUGGUCGCGCUGGGGAUCACCGGCAAGGUCUGGGUGGCCACCGAGAGCUGGGUCUUGACGGACGCGGUGGCCACGCUGCCGGGCAUGGAGCGGGUGGGCACUGUCCUGGGGUUGACCAUCAGGCCCAUAGAGCUGCCUCACGUCAGGCGCUUCGUAGAGGAGGCGCUUAGUUCCGGACCCCCCCACGGCUCCUCGUGCCCACAGUCCUGCUUCAAGUGUCCACCACCCUCUCCAGAAUCCCUGACCGGCCUCCUGGACUCCACCCUCUGGAACUGGUCCUUCUACUCCUACGCCGCCGUCUAUGCCUUCGCCCAUGCUCUCCACCGCAGCCUCGCGUGCAGCCAGGAAGCCUGUCCCUCCAGUCAGGAGCCCCAGCCGUGGCAGCUUCUUGAGGCGCUGCACGAGGUGGACUUUCCUCUCCUGAACAACACCAUCAAGUUCAGCGGCCAGCAGGACCUUUUCCUGGGCUACGACGUCAUGACCUGGGCCUGGAAGGACGGCGGCGGCGGCGUGGACUACGUGAAGAUCGGCAGCUACAUGGCCCAGAGCCUGGAUAUCAACUGGACCCAAAUUAGAUGGCCGGGUCCUGAAGGCCAGGUGCCCAGCUCCUCCUGCGCCAAGGAGUGUGCCGCCGGUCAAAGCCGGAGCAAGCAACUGUUGGACGAAUGCCUGUGCCGCUGCGACGACUGCGUGGAGGGGACCUACCAGAACCAAACAAAUUCUGAUGACUGCCUGCCCUGCCCCAACGGGACGUGGUCCCCCCCACGUAGCUCCCGCUGCUUUCCUCCAUCCGUCACCUUCCUGCGGCUGAGCGACAGCAACGUGGUGGCCUUGCUGGCGGUGGCCUCGGUGGGCUUCCUGCUGCUGCUGGGUUGCUUGCUGGUCUUUGCUGCCCACCGCCACACCCCUGUGGUGCGUGCCGCCGGCGGGGGGCUGGCCUUCAUCAUGCUGGUGGCUCUACUAGCCUCCUGUGCGGCCGCCGUGCUCUUUGUUGGCCAGCCCUCGUCCCGCACCUGCCUCAUCCGGCAGCCCAUCUUCGCCCUGUGCUUCACGGCCUGCGUCUCCUGCCUCCUGGUCCGCUCGCUCCAAGUGGUGGUGAUCUUCAAGGCGGCCGGGCGGCUGCACCGAGGCCGGCAGUGCUGGCGCCGCUUCCAGGGCCCCUACCUGGCCGUGGGGCUGAGCUGCGGGGUGCAGGCCACCCUCUGCGCCGCCUGGCUGAGCCUCUCUCCGCCGGCCCUGAUGCAGCAGGCCUCGGGGCCCCGGGAGGUGUCCCUGCGCUGCUGGGAGGGCCCCUUCCUGGGCCUGGGGGCCGUGCUGGGCUACAUCACCCUCCUGGCCGGCGCCUGCUUCCUCCUGGCCUUCUGGGGCCGACACCUGCCCGAGAACUACUCCGAGGCCCGGCUGCUGACCGCCAGCAUGCUGGUCUUUCUCAUGGGCUGGGGCGCCUUCCUCUUCAUGUACGCCACCAACGGGAGCCAGCAGACCGCCGCCCUCCAGAUGUUCACCGUCCAGACCAGCGUCUACGCCGUGCUCUGCACCUUCUUCCUCCCCCGCUGCUACGUCAUCCUCUUCCGCCCGGAGCGCAACACCGUCGCCCACUUCCGGACCUGCAUCCAGGCCUACACCACCACCGCCGCCGACCCCGAGACACCACGCCCCGGCACGCAAGGAGUGUGAGGAGCCUCAAGACCCGCCUUUCGCAAUGCCCAGACAUUCUCGGGUUGGAAGAGACCCCUAAGGACAUCCCACUCCAUUCUGCCUGGAAGACACCAUUCAAUCCCUCCCAACAGAUGAAUAGAAUCCUAGGGUUGGGAGAGGCCUCCAAAGGACAUCCAGUCCAGCCCCUUUCUGCCUGGAAGACACCAUUCAAUCCCUCCCAAGAGAUGAAUAUUGGGAUCCUAGGGUUGGGAGAGGCCCCCAAAGGACAUGCAUUCCAGUCCCCUUCGGCCAGGCAGGAAGACACCAUCCAAGCCCUCCCAACAGAUGAAUAGAAUCCUAGGGUUGGGAGAGGCCUCCAAAGGACAUCCAGUCCAGCCCCUUUCUGCCUAGAAGACACCAUUCAAUCCCUCCCAACAGAUGCAUAUUGGAAUCCUAGGGUUGGGAGAGGCCCCCAAAGGACAUCCAGUCCAGCCCCUUUCUGACUUGAAGACACCAUUCAAUCCCUCCCAACAGAUGCAUAUUGGAAUCCUAGGGUUGGGAGAGGCCCCCAAAGGACAUGCAGUCCAGUCCCCUUCUGCCAGGCAGGAAGACACCAUCCAAGCCCUCCUGACAGAUGGCUAUUCAGCCACAGAUACAAUAGGUAGAUACACUAUAUUCUAAUAUAUAUAUAUAUAUAUAUAUCACACACAAUAAGUAC